CCUUGGCCGGAGCUUCACAUAUCCUCGGCCAUGUCUCUCCUCCGGCGACCCCUGGGCCUUUGCCUUGGGCGGCGUCUCCGAGGGCGGCCUUUCUGCAAAGAGCACGAGGCCGAUGCCGAGACUCGGGAGUUGGACCCGAGCGGCCCAUUGGGCCCUGGAGCCAGCAGCAGCAAAGCGGUGACUUCCUUCACCGGUGGCUUGCCGAUGGAGACCUCGAGCUUUGAGCUGCGGCAGUCCUUCCGGAAGUUCCCCUUGCAUCGGCAGGUCCAGCUUGGCCUGAUGAAAAUGGGCGUGUCUGUGCCGACGAGAGUCCAAGACAUGACAAUGCCGAUGCUUUUGGAAGGUAUCUCCGCCUUCGUCCUGGCACAAACGGGCACGGGCAAGACGUUGGCCUAUGUGCUGCCCAUUGUGCACAAGCUGCUGUCCACCAACACCGAAGGCUUCUAUCCCAAGAGCCGGAAGCCCCGCGCCAUCAUCGUGCAGCCAACCCGCGAGCUGGCGCUGCAGACCAUCAAGGUGGUCCGGAACUUCCCCGUCAGGUCGGUAGUGUGUGCUCCCAGCUGUUCUUUCAUCAAGGAGUCACAAGCACUGCAUGCGGGAGUGGACAUUGUCGUCUGCACACCAUUCCGGCUGAUCCUGCAUUUGGGCAAGGUGAACAUGCUGCUCCCUGAGGUACGGCAUCUUGUCAUCGAUGAGGCGGACACGCUUUGCGAUACCUUCUACGAGAAGGACACAAGCAAGAUUCUCAAAGGCUUGCAGGAGGAUUGCACUGUGAAACCGCAGGUCAUCAUUGUCGGCGCCACUCGCACUGGUGCUGUCUCGCAAUUCCUGCGGAAACACAUGAAUCAGACCGAGGUAAUGCCGGUGGUCACAUCGGAUGCGCACGUGCCACCUGCGCACUUGGAGCAGGUCUUUGUUCCGACCAAAGGCAAGCGCCUGAUCUCUGUGCUGUGGGAAGUGCUUGGCGAGGUGCCUGCUGUUGGCAGGAAGACCCUGAUUUUCACGAACCGCUUGCCUACUUGCAAGGCGGUGCACAAGAGCCUGCUGGAGCACGGCAUCAAUGCCGUGGCCUUGCAUGGCCGCGUGCAUCCGGACAAGCGCAAGGAGGCGUACGAGUCCUUUAGCAAAAACGCUGAUGUCAUGGUUUGCACGAACCUGGCAUCAAGGGGCUUGGACUUCAGCAACGUCCACCAUGUGGUGAUGUACAAUUUCCCCCUGAACAUGGCGGAUUACUUGCACCGAGUGGGCCGAACUGCGCGGGGCGGCCGCGCGGGCCGGGUGACCACCAUCACACCCCGCCGGUAUUGGCCCUUCGUGGCAAAGAUCCAGGAGGCGACCAAGCAGGGCAAGCCGGUUGAAAUCCGCAACAUGUCCAGGAAGGUGAAGAAAAUAUUGGCCAUCGAGAACUUCCAGAAAGUGAUCCAGCAGCCCAUCAACAAAAGCGCCAAGCAGAAGUUGAAGAAGAGACUGGGCCUGCCGCCUGCGCGGAAUAUUGGGUCGAAGGAGACCAAGGCUGCCAUGAAACGGCUGGACCGGCGCAUGAAAGCCAUCAAAGAAAUGCGCUUCCUUUGGAAGCGCGGACUCCUGAAACGUGGCCAGAAGCUUCCGAAGAUGAUAGACAAGCAGGUUGAGGCGUCCGAGUCGCAGACCAUCUCCACAAUGGUUCGGGCUCGCGAUGGGCUGCUGCAGGUGGUGCCUAAACGCAGGCGCUCUGACAAGGGUGCGGAUCAGCCCGAGCGGGCACCCUCCGAGUCGUUGCCCUUUGCCCACGACUCAGUGAGCCCCGGGGUGGCGAAGCGCCGGCGCCGGACGGUGAUACUUUCGAGCGCUCACCGCUUUGUGGGAUCCGCUCCCACGUGGCUGUUGGCGGCUGGCUGUGCCGUUGCGUGCACCGCGCGGCGCGCCUUUGGGCGCCGUGAGCUGGUGAACUCCGCCGGUGCGCCGCUGUGUUUCGCCUUACCUGCGGCAGGUGCGUCCCUCACAGCGCCCGCAGUGGUGCGCGCUCUUUGGGGCAGUGAGGACUGGGAGAAGUGGGCGGCAACCCUGGCGGAGGACUGUGUCUAUGAGGACCUGUACUUCCCCGAGGCGGCGACAGGCCGAGGCGAGAUUUUGGCGAUUCUGCGGCAGAAGGCGCUUCCGAAAAACUCCCGCCUGGUGCUGGAUCAUGUGUCUGACGGGCGCAACUCCUGUGGAUUCACCUGGCACAUCCAGGAGGGCAAUGACCUCGGACAGCGGGGCCUGUGCUUCCUGCGCCUGAACGAGCGAGGAGAGGUGGCCUAUGUGCGGGAGGUGGGGGAGCCCCUCUUCAAGGCGGGGGAGCUCACGGAGAAGCUGUUGGAGGCGCUGACCAAGGAUCAGCCGCCGCCAGAACGACCUGUUCUCAAAGGCCCGCCGCAAACACCCCGCACUGCGGGAGGUAUUGUAAGAUACCUUUACGGAGAUGUGCAGCAGGCAGGAGGCGACGCAGUGCGCUUCUUUGCGGACGACGUGGUCUACGAAGACAUGAACUACGAGACGCCAUUUGUUGGCAAGCCGGCGGUGGACGGCUUCCUGGCCAGAUUCCAGGCCAUCCAGGGUGUCACUUUCGUGCUUGAGGAGGUCUCGGAUGGCGAGAAGGCGGUUGGCUUCACCUAUCAUAUCGACAUUGCGGGGCAGCCUCGGGGCAUCCGUGGCAUCACCUACUACCAGGUGGACAAAGCUGGAAAGGCGCGCCCAUACGCAUGGGCUCUCUUGGCGGGACGUGGAUUGCGGGUUUGCUGCUGCCGGCCUUUGCAAGGGAGCUGA